AUGUCGCUCAACGGCGGUGGAGGUAUCAAGGUCUUUUCGGGGACCAGCCAUCCCGAGCUCGCACAGCUCGUGGCAAAGAGGCUGGGACAGCCGCUGGGCAAGGCCACCGUCACUCGCAACGACUCGGGAGAGUCAAUCGUGCGCAUCGCAGAGUCGGUCCGCGAGCACGAUGUCUACAUCAUCAACACGUCGUGCGUCUCGCCCACCCCGACUGGCGUCGCAGCCUCGCCCAACACGGCCCUCAUGGAGCUCCUCAUCAUGAUCCACGCCUGCAAGACGGCGAGCGCCCGCAGGAUCACGGCCGUCAUCCCGCACUUCUUCUACGCCCGCCAGGACAAGAAGGACAAGAGCAGGGCCCCCAUCACCGCCAAGCUCAUCGCCAACAUGCUCGAAAAGGCCGGCUGCGACCACGUCAUCACCAUGGACCUGCACGCCUCGCAGAUCCAGGGCUUCUUUGACGUGCCCGUCGACAACCUCUACGCCGAGCCCGCGGCGCUCCAGUACAUCCGCGAGAUGGUCGACUGCAACAAGGCCGUCAUCGUCUCGCCAGACGCCGGAGGAGCCAAGCGCGCCACGUCGCUCGCCGACCGCCUCGAGCUCGACUUUGCCCUCUUCCACAAGGAGCGCAAGCGCGCCAACGAGGUCUCGCGCAUGGUCCUCGUCGGCAACGUCGAGGGCAAGACGGCCAUCCUGGUCGACGACAUGGCCGACACCUGCGGCACCCUCGAGCUCGCCGCGGCCCAGCUGAUCGAGUACGGCGCCGAGCGGGUGCUCGCCAUCGUCACCCACGGCAUCCUCAGCGGCCCGGCGCUCGAGAGGAUCGCAAAGAGCCGCCUCGAGAAGCUCAUCGUCACAAACACGCUGCCCCAGUCGAUGAACCGGGCAAAAUGCCCAAAGAUCGAGGAGAUCGACAUCUCCCAUGUCCUCGCAGAGACGAUUCGGCGAUCGCACUACGGCGAGUCGGUCUCGGUCCUCUUCAACCAGAUCCCCUAUGACACUACGCAACCCUACCGCCAUGGGCAAGACCUGCAGCUGGCCGCGGGGGAAGGCAGCAUGAGCCGGUCGGCGUCCGAGUCCAGACAGAGCCUCCAGGUCAGCGCGCCGCCAUCGCGGGGCAUCAGCCCGUCGAGCUCGACCCAGGCCUUUCCGCCAUCGCCCUACAACGACCCGGACCCGCCGGCGCCCUCCAACUACUUCCGUGACGCCGUCGGCGGCAGCGCCAGUACGCCCCUGGCGUCGUCGCAGCAAGCGGCGCGGGCCGACCAGACGCCCAAGGCCACGCCGGUGCUCGAGGAUGGCCAGACGCCGUGGAGCCCGUUGGGGAAAGGCGCCAUCUGA